GUGCCCACCACAGUCAUGCCAUCUGCCUCCUCCCCCUCUUCCUCGCCCUCCCUCGCCUCGCACACUCCCUCCCAGACCCGCCUCUCGCAAAUCUCCUCGCACAUUGUCCCCAUGGCUGCCACCGCCUUCGACGCCAAUGUCGUGCCCCAGGCGCCCGAAGAUCCCUUGUUCGGCCUGAUGGCGGCUUUCCGUCGCGACGAGCACCCAGACAAGGUCGACCUGGGCAUUGGUGCUUACAGAGACGACAACGCAAAGCCAUGGAUCCUCCCGGUGGUCAAGAUGGCCGACGAGCGUCUGCGCAAUGACCCCAACCUCAACCACGAGUAUCUGCCCAUUGCCGGCCUGCCCGAGUUCACGUCUGCCUCGCAGAAGCUCGUGCUUGGUGGUGACAGCCCCGCCAUCAAGGAAAAGCGCGUCACCAGCCUGCAGACAAUCUCCGGCACAGGCGCCGUCCACCUGGGCGCCCUGUUCCUCUCAAAGUUCUACAAGCCCCGGACCCAGCACACCGUCUACUUCUCAGACCCGACGUGGGCAAACCACUUCCAGAUCUUCAACAAUGUCGGCAUCCCGCAAAAGACAUAUCCCUACUUCUCCAAGGACACCAAAGGCCUCGACUUUGAUGGCAUGAUUGCUGCGCUCGAGGGCGCCACCGAGGGCAGCAUCAUCCUGCUGCACGCCUGUGCGCACAACCCCACGGGUGUCGACCCUACCCAGGACCAGUGGAAGAAGAUCGCCGACGUCAUCCGUUCCAAGAAGCACUUCCCCUUCUUCGACACAGCAUACCAAGGCUUUGCCUCUGGCGACCUUGCUACCGAUGGCUGGGCCAUUCGCUACUUUGUCGAGCAGGGCUUCGAGCUCUGCAUUGCCCAGUCGUACGCAAAGAACUUUGGUCUGUACGGCGAGCGUGCUGGCUGCUUCCACUUCAUCACCACGCUUUCGUCCGACGCCGAGUCUACCGUGCAGCGCGUCGCCUCGCAGCUCGCCAUUCUGCAGCGUUCGGAGAUUUCCAACCCCCCUGCCUACGGCGCCCGCAUUGCCUCGACCGUUCUCAACGACCCCCAGCUCUUUGCCGAGUGGGAGGCGAACCUGCGUACAAUGUCUGGCCGCAUAAAGGAAAUGCGCAAGGCGCUGCGCAGCAAGCUGGAGGACAUGGGCACGCCUGGCACAUGGAACCACAUCACCGACCAGAUUGGCAUGUUCAGCUUCACUGGCUUGACCGAGAAGCAGGUGCUGAAGAUCCGAGAGGAUUCGCACGUCUACAUGACCAAGAACGGCCGCAUCUCCAUGGCCGGCCUCAACUCGCACAACAUUGACUACUUUGCAAAGGCUGUCGACAAGGUUGUACGCGAGACACAAUAGGCAUGGAGCUUGUAAUAUUAUAGCAAAGCAUGGCGGUCAUGGUCAGUGUACAUGAUAUUUGACGUCGAGGGAUGCUGAUAGCAUGAGAUUCAACCAUAGACCAGUUUCUU